UAAGGGGCGCUCGUGUAUCAGUUCAAACUCCAGACUCAUAAGUAAACUAACAAGCCGAAGGAAGAAGGACAACAUGGCAGGACGCGACAGGAUUGUGCAUUUGCUCAGGCAACUUGAAAAAGCAGCGUGCAGAUGCCCUGCCCAUUCUCAUACAUUCCAUCAAGCUUCAGGACAUGACUGUGGAAGAAAAACGGAUUAUGCAUUUGAGAUGGCGAGCUCAAACAUUAGAUAUGGAGAGGGUGUCACACGGGAAAUUGGUAUGGAUCUUCAGAACAUGGGAGCCCAUAACGUGUGUCUUAUGACGGACAAUAAUCUGUCUCAGCUCUAUCCUGUCGAGGCCGUGUUGGAGUCUCUAGUUCAGAACGGGGUUAACUACAAAGUUUAUGACAAUGUUCGGGUGGAGCCAACAGACUCCAGCUUCAAGGAGGCCAUAGCUUUUGCGAAGAAAGAAACGUUUGACGUUUACGUUGCUGUGGGUGGAGGCUCAGUGAUUGACACCUGUAAAGCUGCCAACCUGUAUGCCUGCCAUCCCGACGCGGAUUUCCUAGACUUUGUCAAUGCGCCUAUAGGGAAGGGAAAGCCUAUUACAGGUGCUCUCAAGCCCCUGAUCGCAGUUCCCACAACAGCAGGAACUGGCAGUGAGACAACAGGUGUUGCCAUCUUCGACUUCGAAAAACUGAAAGCAAAAACUGGCAUCGCCAGCCGAGCCAUUAAGCCGACUCUUGGAAUAGUGGAUCCUCUCCACACUCUGCAUAUGCCCGAGAGGGUGGCUGCCAACAGCGGUUUUGAUGUGCUAUGGCCAAAGAACACAUUCAUCAACAUGCUUCUCCCUACCGACAUGCUGCAGAGGCCUUGGACCUUUUCCCCACUAUGUGCUCUUAUAACGUCAAGCCAUGCCCUGGAGUCCUACACGGCUCUUCCCUACAACAUGCGCAGCCCCUGCCCUCCCAACCCCAUAGACCGGCCGGCCUACCAGGGCAGUAACCCCAUUAGUGAUGUCUGGUCCAGACAUGCUCUGAAUGUAGUGGCCAAGUACAUGAAACGGGCGGUGAACAAUGCUGAGGAUGUAAAGGCCAGGUCCAGCAUGCAUCUUGCCAGUGUGUUUGCCGGGAUCGGGUUUGGAAAUGCUGGGGUCCACUUAUGCCACGGUAUGUCUUAUCCUAUUGCUGGAAAUGUGAAGACUUACAUGGCUAAGGGCUACAAUGUGGAUCACCCUGUCGUGCCUCAUGGUCUGUCCGUGGUUCUGACCUCUCCUGCUGUCUUUGCCUUCACUGCCAGUAUGUGUCCAGAGCGCCACCUGGAGGCAGCAGAGAUACUUGGGGCUGACGUGAGUAACACCAAGAGGGAGGACGCUGGGCUGCUCCUGGCCGACACCCUGAGACAGUUCCUCUAUGACCUGAAGGUAGAGGACGGUCUGAGUGCUGUCGGCUACACCAAGGAUGACAUACCUGACCUAGUGAGAGGAACAAUACCUCAGGAAAGGGUGACAAAGCUGUCUCCUAGGGAACACACAGAGGAAGAUUUGACUCAUUUGUUUGAGGCCUCCCUGAAGCUGUACUAAGACUGGCUCUCUUAUGCACCCACUCUCUUACUGUACCUGUGUGAGAUGAUGAGAGCCCAAAGUACUCUGUGCUAUUCCCUAUACAGCACACUACUUUUGACCAGGACCCAUAGGGCUCUGGUUAAACAUUGGGCACUAUAUAGGGAAUAGGGUGCUAUUUGAGACGUAGCCUCCCACCGGUUUGCCAUCCCAUCCUCCUUUUAUUGAUAGAUACAAUUAAAUGAUAAGGUUCCUUAUUUGAUUAUACAGUAUAUUACCCCGAUUUCAAAUGUUGGUUUUGAUUUGUAUUUACUACAAUAUAGUACACCAUUGCUGUCAUGUUCCUCUCCCCAUUCAUUUGAGAAUAGACCACUGGUCUGGACUGGACUACAUUGUUAUGACAGUGUUGCGUCAUUCUUAGAGUCCAGAUUACUCAGGUUAACUGUUAUGUAAAGUGUGCCCUAAUGCUAAGAAAGACUGAUCUGGCUGCUUUUAAGUAGGUUAACCCAGGAGAGCACACUAGGAGAGCUUUUAAUGUCCAUUGAGAGAAAGAGAGCCAAGUUAAGGUAUCAAUAUGAUACAGAAUAUCAUUACAUCCCAAAUGGCAUCCUAUUCACUUUUGGUCAAAACUGGUGCACUAUAUAGGGAAUAGGGUGCAAUGAUAUCUAUCCUUAUUAAUGAUAGAUACUGUAUAUUGACAUGGAAAUAGUUACGCUAAAUCCUCAUUACCGUUAGGUCUUGAUGUAAAGCAGGACAUAACUGGAUGUCAAAAUAAAUGCAUUUUAGGAUACAGAAUAAUUUAUAUUCUAAACGUACAUGACUCUGAUCCCUUAAAAUCAUUAAAUCAUUUUAGUUUCUGUUUUC